AUGGGCGACAACAAAUACUACACUUUGGCUGAAGGCUGCCCUUUUGCAAGCAACAGCGCGGCCGUUCUGAUGCGGGGCAGACAGGGUGGCGGGCUUGGGUUGCUUCAGGAUACUCAGCUUAUUGAGACCUUGGCUCAUUUCUCUCGCGAGAGAAUUCCGGAGCGAGUGGUUCAUGCCAAAGCUGUUGGAUGUUAUGGCGAGUUCGAAGCCACCCGUGAUUGCUCCGACUUUACCUGUGCCAGCUUCCUCAAGGCCGGAAAGAAAACACCAGUGCUUCAGCGCGUGUCAACGGUCGGGCCUGAGUCUGGAUCUGCUGAUACUUCUCGCGAUGUGCACGGGUGGUCAAUGAAGCUUUACACGGACGAGGGAAACCUCGAUUGGGUUUUCAACAACACGCCUGUCUUUUUCAUUCGCGAUCCGAUCAAGUUCCCCUCAAUGAACCGAUCCCACAAGAGGCACCCCCAAUCCCAUCUUCCCGACGCAAACAUGUUUUGGGACUUCCACGUCGGCAACCCGGAAGGCAUACAUCAACUUCUAGUCCUUUUCAGCGACCGUGGCACACCCAAAUCCGUUCGUUACAUGAACGCGUACAGUGGACAUACAUAUAAGUUCACGAAAGCGGAUGGCUCGUUCAAAUACGCCAAAAUCCACGUGAAAACGCAGCAAGGGGUACAAAAUUUCAGCAGCGCGGAGGCUACUAAGAUCGCCGGAGAGAACCCAGACUACAUGAUUCAGGACAUGUUUGAGGCCAUCGAGAGAGGUGACUACCCUAUUUGGAAUGUCUACGUUCAGCUGAUGAGCCCCGAAGAGGCCGAAAAUUACAAAUGGAAUAUCUUUGAUAUGACCAAAGUCUGGUCGCACAAGGAUUUUCCUCUGCAGAAAAUUGGUCGUCUUACUAUGAACCGCAAUCCGCGAAACUAUUUCGCAGAUAUUGAGCAAGCGGCAUUUUCGCCAUCGACAAUGGUUCCGGGGUUCGCUGCGUCGGCUGAUCCAGUUCUGCAAGCCCGACUUUUCGCAUAUCCUGACGCGGCCCGAUACCGACUCGGGGUGAACUACCAGCAGCUCCCUACCAACGCAGCCAAGUCUCAAGUCUACUGUCCUUUCCAGAGGGACGGAAAGAUGCAAUUUGGCGACAACUAUGGUGGGGACCCUAACUAUGUUGGCUCCUCGAUUAAGCCCACCAAGUUCUAUCAGGAAGUGAAAGAAACAAAUCCCGCAGCAUUGUACCUGCACACCGACCAUGAAAAGUGGGCGGGGGAAGUUUCGGCCUAUACCAGCGAGAUCACCGACGCAGACUUUGUCCAGCCCGCAGCAUUGUGGGAGGUCAUUGGCCGGGAGCCUGGUCACCAGGAUAGGCUUAUUGACAAUCUAGUCUCCAGCUUGAAGGGUGUUAAGUUCCCUGAACUGCGCAAAGGUGUCUAUAGCCUUUUUAGUCGUGUCAACAAGGAUCUCGGGUCGAAACUGCAAAAUCGUACUGAAGCAGCCAUUAAGGCCGCGUGA